GCAGAGACAGAGAUCAAAUAACAAAUCCAACAGUAAACAGAUCUCUUGUCUACUCCCCUUAGUCCCUGUCCGUACAACACAUCAUCAUCAUCAUCCUCGUCAAACCCAUGUUUAAAUAAAUACCCUAACACGAUAAAAACAAACACCAGCUCUCGUUCUCUCGUUCCCUGAUAUGCAAACUGAGAAAAACAUCUUCUUGUUACUUUCUUUGUUUGCUUCAAUCUGAACGGAAAAUGAUUUUUGGAUCAACCAUCUUUGGUUGUUAUCCUCUUGACUUGUUUGUAGCCAAUAUAGCUCUGGCUUCUGUUGAAGGAUUUCUUGCUUUUAUUGCAUUCUAUCAGCUCACCAGGAUUCACAUGCGGAAUCAACUUGUUGGAUGGACUCGACAAAAAGUACUCCAUCUCAUCAUUGGCUCUUCCAAUUUGGGUUACUCCAUCUAUUUUAUAUCUACAGUCCUUGCUACUUGUGAAAGGUGGUUUUGCUGGUCACAUGCUUGUGGCUUUGUCCUCAUGGCUUCACCCAAUAUUCUGCUUCUUGCUGCAUUUCUUCUACUCCUGUCUUUCUGGGUCGACCUUUGCCAUCAGGCGAAUGAUGAAGAGGAUGAUGAUGAAGAAAGUAGUACCCAGCAGGCUUUAUUAGACAAUUCGAAGAGUAAACCAGGUGUAUCAAACAUUCAUGAUCGAUGGAGAUGUUGCCCAUUGAAAGGCAUUCAUGUUGGUAGCCGGCAAAAAAUCGUGAUUGUGGUUGUUAUGCUUAUGUUUAUCUUAAUGAUAUCAUUUGCUAUGAUAAUCUGGAUUGGUGCGGGGAAAAAUCCUAUUGAUUCUUCAUUAUUUGCUCAGGUAUAUGUAGAUAUUUUUGCCGCAGCAGUUCUUUUAUUGGGAGGAGCUCUGGGUUGCUACGGUCUUCUGCUAUUUUGCAAAUUGAGGAGAGUAAGGUCUGAGAGAACUUCUUCAGAGAUGAGGAAGGUUGCUGGUUUAGCUGUUGUCUCUGUUAUAUGUUUCUCUUCAAGUGCUCUGAUAGCUUUUCUAACAGAUAUUCCUUUUUCUUAUCACUGGAAUUUGAAGAAAAUGAAUGGAGUAGGGGCACCAGUUCUGCUGAUCUUAUACUAUUUUAUAGGUUAUUUACUUGCCUUAAUGUUUCAACUUGCUGCUUACUAUGGUUCAUCAGUGCCCUCAGCAUUUUUGUUAUGGGUCAUGAGAGAAUUGCCACCCCCCGUGGCUGUUAAUUGUGAAGAACAGUCGAGAGUGAUAGCUUUUAUAAGUUGUGGGUCAGAAAGAAUGGAAAAUCCUGGGUACUGGGCUACUGCAGCCAGUUUAAAGAAUCAGGUGUCAAGAGCAAGUCCCAUAUAAGCAUAUGCAUUACUAAGCUGGAAAAAAAGUGAGGCAAAGGGCAGAAUGUGAAAGUCUGCCUGGAGUGAGAGUGCCGUCCACCCUCUGGUGCAUCAUAAUUUCAGAGAAUCUGGUGGUUUGUCGAAUUUAGGGUGGUGAAAAUAACUUGACACAUUAUUGUUAACCAGGGCAACAAUUUGGGAGUUUACACUGUAUAUAGGCAAUAUAGCAGAGGAUUAAUUUAGGAGAAUAUGUUGUUUUCCCAUCCGAAUCUAAGGAAAUUUGUUUUUUGUUUGGCU